AUGUCCUGCAACACCCAGUGCCGUCCCUGCCAGCCCUGUGGCCCCACUCCACUGGCCAACAGCUGCAACGAGUGCUGUGUCAGGCAGUGCCAGGACUCCACCGUGGUCAUUCAGCCGCCUGCUGUGGUGGUGACCCUGCCUGGGCCCAUCCUCAGCUCCUUCCCCCAGAACACCGUGGUGGGAUCCUCCACCUCUGCUGCUGUUGGCAACAUCCUCAGCUCUGAGGGAGUGCCCAUCAAUUCCGGGGGCUUUGACAUCUCCUCCAUCACCAGGCGCUACGGUGGAAGGAGGGGCCUCCCCUGCUAA